UCUCUCUCUCUCUCUCUCUACAUUUGUAAGUGUUGUAUUUCUGUCUCUUUUAUCUCUAAAAUUUUUGGGCUUUCUUCUCUGUCUCCUGUUUGCGGGAUUCCCAUUUCUUCUCACCCAUCCCUCUCCGUCCUCUGAAUAGGAAGGAAUACUUCUAGAGAGACGCGCAGACAGACCAUCUCACAAUCGUAUUGAUACAGAGACCGAGAGAGAGAGUGAGAGAGAAGGGGCUGGAAAUGCUGGUGAAGCUGGAUGACCCAGCUCGUCUCCGGCCGCUAUAGAUUCUACAGAUAAUCAGGAAGAAUAGUACCCAAAAUGCCAGAGACGGUUUUGUCAUCAUUCGGCGAAGAACACUACAACAACCCGGAAACCAAGAAAUCUGAAGAGGAAGAAGAGGAGGAGGAGGAAGAGAAAGUCACUAUUGAGAGGCCGGGAGAGAGCCAAGAAGUACUCGUCGUUGUUCCGACCGUGUCCGUCGUUGGCCGGAGCCGAUCCCAGGCCGCCAGCCGAAGAGUAACGCCCACCACCACCGCCUCGGCUGCCGUCAGUUCUGUCAAAGUCGAGAAACCGCUUCCGAACGGCGAUCUGUACAUCGGAAGCUUCUCCGGCCACGCGCCGCACGGAUCGGGCAAGUAUCUGUGGAAAGACGGGUGUAUGUACGAAGGCGAGUGGAAGCGCGGCAAGGCCUCCGGAAAGGGGAAGUUCUCGUGGCCGUCGGGCGCGACAUUCGAGGGCGAAUUUAAGUCGGGUCGGAUGGAGGGCUUCGGGACCUUCAUCGGCUCCGACGGCGACACGUAUCGGGGGUCCUGGUCAGCCGACCGGAAACACGGGUAUGGCCAGAAGCGAUACGCGAAUGGCGACUACUACGAGGGAACGUGGCGGCGUAACCUCCAGGACGGCCAUGGCCGUUACGUCUGGAAGAACGGCAACGAGUACGUCGGCGAGUGGCGUAACGGCGUGAUUAAUGGCAGGGGAGUGUUGAUUUGGGCAAACAGGAAUCGGUACGACGGGAAUUGGGAGAACGGAGUUCCCAAGGGCCACGGCGUCUUCACUUGGCCGGACGGCAGUUGCUACAUCGGAAGCUGGAGCAAAGACGACGGCAAGAACUCCAAGCCUCUGGACGGGACUUUCUAUCCGGGACUCAAUGGAGUGAAUUUUUCGGGGAAGAACGAGAAGGUGACGUUCAAUCACAAGAUGUCGGCGCCGCUGAUGAUGGUGGAGGAGAGCGGCGUGGCGGUGGCAGCGGCGACGAAGAAGAGGUCGUCGGUUGACGGGUCGAGGGGGAGCUUGACGGAGAGGCCGUUUCCGAGGAUUUGUAUCUGGGAAUCGGACGGCGAAGCCGGGGACAUUACCUGCGAUAUAAUCGACAAUGUGGAAGCCUCGAUGUUCUAUCGAGACGGUACGGGAUUGGAUCGCGAUGGAUUUAUGCAGUUUCGGCGAGGUCCAUGUUGUUUCAGCGGUGAGGCGAAGAAACCAGGUGAGACGAUAUCCAAGGGCCACAAGAAUUACGAUUUGAUGUUGAAUCUCCAACUGGGUAUUAGGUACUCAGUUGGCAAGCAUGCUUCGAUUCAGCGGGCCCUCAAGCAAAGUGAUUUCGAUCCCAAGGAGAAGUUCUGGACUAGGUUUCCACCCGAAGGAUCGAAGAUUACGCCGCCUCAUCAAUCCGGGGAGUUCCGGUGGAAAGAUUAUUGCCCCAUGGUGUUUAGACGUUUGAGGGAGCUAUUUCAAGUUGAUCCAGCUGAUUACAUGCUGGCUAUUUGUGGAAAUGACGCGCUUAGAGAGCUUUCUUCUCCAGGGAAGAGUGGAAGCUUCUUUUAUCUGACUCAGGAUGAUAGGUUUAUGAUAAAAACGGUGAAGAAGUCGGAAGUCAAGGUUCUUAUUAAGAUGCUGUCAAGUUACUACCGGCAUGUUUGCCAGUACGAAAAUUCCCUAGUCACAAAAUUCUUUGGUGUGCACUGUGUGAAACCAGUGGGCGGAUUGAAGACCCGGUUUAUUGUGAUGGGCAACUUGUUCUGCUCUGAAUACCGCAUUCAUAGACGUUUUGACCUCAAAGGAUCAUCCCAUGGCCGCACAACAGAUAAAUCUGAAGGGGAGAUUGACGAAACCACUACUCUUAAGGACCUUGACCUCAACUUUGUGUUUCGCCUCCAAGGAGACUGGUUUCAUGAACUUAUCCAACAAAUUGAUCGAGACUGUGAGUUCCUGGAAGGGGAGAGAAUAAUGGAUUAUAGCCUCCUAGUUGGUAUUCACUUUCGUGACGACAAUACAGGCGACAAAAUGGGUUUGUCUCCAUUUUUAUUGCGAACUGGCAAAAAAGAUUCGUUUCAAAAUGAGAAGUUUAUGCGCGGCUGCCGUUUUCUUGAAGCUGAGCUACAAGACAUGGAUAGGGUUCUGGCCGGGCGGAAGCCAUUGAUCAGGUUGGGGGCCAACAUGCCUGCGAGGGCAGAGAGGAUGGCUCGAAGGAGCGACUUCGACCAGUAUACACCCGGUGGGUUCAGUAAUUUAACCCCUUCAUACAGCGGCGAAAUCUAUGAAGUUGUCCUAUAUUUCGGGAUCAUUGACAUUCUACAAGAUUACGACAUUAGCAAGAAGCUAGAGCAUGCAUACAAAUCCUUGCAAGCUGAUCCAAACUCCAUCUCUGCUGUCGACCCAAAGCUUUACUCGAAGAGGUUUCGAGAUUUCAUAGGGAGAAUCUUCAUCGAGGACAGGUAGGGGAGCGAAGGCGAACGCAAAUAUCAGUCAAGAUGGUUUGGUUUGAAGAUUCGCUCGAUUACCUACUUGUAUGUAGAUCCUCAGAGUCCUCGAACUCAGUGAUUCCCUAGCGGAAUAGGAGCCCCGGCGGGUCAGAUUGCCCGGGGGUGGGUGGGUGGGUUGGAGCUUCUUUUACUAGGUGCUCUCAUGGCUGAAUUUUGUGGAAGCAGCAGCAGCAGCAGGCAGCAGCCAUGGUGUUGGAAGUAGUGAGGGAUGAUAAAAGUCUGUACAUUCUCAAUGGGGGGGUCGGGAAAAUUGGAUUAUUAUAAUUAUGAUUUCUUUUUCAUGUGGUUUUUUCUUUUUGGGGUUUUUGAUUUCUCCUAAUUUUGUGGGAACCAAGGAAUGUGAAGAUUUGAAAUAUAGGCAUUGGGACCAGAGAAGAUGUGUCCCAUAGAGAGAAGAUUCAAAAUGGGUAGAGGGAGAUGGAGAGGGAGGGAGGGAGGGAGGG